GGCGGAAGCGGCGAGGGCGGCGGGCGUCCGGCUCUGAGGUGGUGAAGGCGGCGGCGGCAGCAGCGGCGGCUCCAGACUGGGCUGGGCUGGGAGCGAGCGAGGGUCGGUGGCGCCGGGUCGAGCACUGAGCCCUCCGCUCGAGCAUCAGCCCGCCGCCCGGACGCCUGGGCCGCGGAGUUUGUGUCCCGGCUCGGACCCCGGCGCCCAGCCCGGAGCCGUAACCUUGAGGCGGCGGCGGCGGCGGGGCCGGGCCGGGCCGGGCCGGGGGGCGACGGCGCUGGAUCCUCGGCUGCCUGAUCGUUGGCGGGAGAUGUCGAACCCCGGGACGCGCAGGAACGGCUCUAGCAUCAAGAUCCGUCUGACAGUAUUAUGUGCCAAGAACCUUGCAAAGAAAGAUUUCUUCAGACUCCCCGACCCUUUUGCGAAGGUCGUUGUGGACGGAUCUGGGCAGUGCCACUCAACGGACACUGUGAAAAACACGUUGGACCCAAAGUGGAACCAGCACUACGACCUAUAUGUUGGGAAAACUGAUUCUAUAACCAUCAGCGUGUGGAACCACAAGAAAAUUCACAAGAAGCAGGGGGCCGGCUUCCUGGGCUGCGUGCGGCUGCUCUCCAACGCCGUCAGCAGAUUAAAAGACACCGGAUACCAGCGUUUGGAUCUAUGCAAACUAAAUCCCUCAGAUACUGAUGCAGUUCGUGGCCAAAUAGUGGUCAGUUUACAGACACGAGACAGAAUAGGCACUGGCGGGUCUGUGGUGGACUGCAGAGGCCUGUUAGAAAACGAAGGAACCGUCUAUGAAGACUCGGGGCCUGGACGGCCGCUCAGCUGCUUCAUGGAGGAGCCCGCCCCCUACACAGACAGCACUGGCGCUGCUGCGGGGGGCGGCACCUGCAGGUUUGGGGAGUCCCCAAGUCAAGAUCAGAGACUUCAGGCACAGCGACUUCGAAAUCCCGAGAUCCGGGGGUCCCUCCAGACCCCUCAGAACCGACCACACGGCCACCAGUCACCAGAGCUGCCCGAGGGCUACGAACAAAGAACAACAGUGCAGGGGCAAGUUUACUUCCUGCACACACAGACUGGAGUGAGCACGUGGCACGACCCCCGGAUACCAAGAGACCUUAACAGUGUGAAUUGUGAUGAACUUGGACCACUGCCACCAGGUUGGGAAGUCAGAAGUACCGUUUCUGGGAGAAUAUAUUUUGUAGAUCAUAAUAACCGAACAACCCAGUUUACAGACCCAAGGUUACACCACAUCAUGAAUCACCAGUGCCAACUCAAGGAGCCCAGCCAGCCGCUGCCAUUGCCCAGUGAGGGCUCCGUGGAGGACGAGGAGCUUCCUGCUCAGAGAUACGAAAGAGAUUUAGUUCAGAAGCUGAAGGUCCUCAGACACGAGCUAUCAUUGCAGCAACCUCAAGCUGGCCAUUGCCGCAUCGAAGUAUCCAGAGAAGAAAUAUUUGAGGAGUCUUAUCGCCAGAUAAUGAAGAUGAGACCAAAAGACUUGAAAAAACGACUAAUGGUGAAAUUCCGUGGGGAAGAAGGUUUGGAUUACGGUGGAGUGGCGAGGGAGUGGCUUUAUUUAUUGUGCCAUGAAAUGCUGAAUCCAUAUUACGGACUCUUCCAGUAUUCUACGGACAACAUUUACACGCUACAGAUCAACCCAGACUCUUCCAUCAACCCUGACCAUCUGUCUUAUUUCCACUUUGUCGGUCGGAUCAUGGGUCUGGCUGUGUUCCAUGGACACUACAUAAAUGGGGGUUUCACGGUUCCCUUCUACAAGCAGCUACUGGGGAAGCCCAUCCAGCUCUCUGACCUGGAAUCAGUGGACCCAGAGCUACAUAAGAGCUUAGUGUGGAUUCUAGAAAACGAUAUCACCCCUGUGUUGGACCACACUUUUUGCGUGGAGCACAACGCUUUCGGGAGGAUUCUUCAGCACGAACUGAAACCGAACGGCAGAAACGUUCCUGUCACAGAGGAGAACAAGAAAGAAUAUGUCCGGUUAUAUGUAAAUUGGAGGUUUAUGAGAGGAAUCGAAGCCCAGUUCUUAGCUCUUCAGAAAGGGUUUAAUGAGCUCAUUCCUCAACACUUACUGAAGCCUUUCGACCAGAAGGAACUAGAGUUGAUAAUCGGUGGCCUGGAUAAAAUAGACCUGAACGACUGGAAGUCCAACACCCGGCUGAAGCACUGUGUGGCCGACAGCAACGUCGUCAGGUGGUUCUGGCAGGCAGUGGAGACCUUUGACGAGGAGAGGAGGGCCAGGCUCCUGCAGUUCGUGACAGGGUCCACACGCGUCCCGCUCCAGGGCUUCAAGGCCUUGCAAGGUUCUACAGGCGCCGCAGGGCCGCGGCUGUUCACCAUCCACCUCAUCGACGCAAACACGGACAACCUCCCGAAGGCCCACACCUGCUUUAACCGGAUCGAUAUUCCACCUUAUGAGUCUUAUGAAAAGCUCUACGAGAAGCUGUUGAUAGCAGUGGAGGAGACCUGUGGGUUUGCUGUGGAGUGAAGAGCAACCAAAGGCAACAGAUUCUAGCUCACGACCACCAGACCAAACGCCUGUCGCCUUCUGCGCGCCUCCUGCGAAGCAGGCUGAGGCACUGGAAUUCUCGAUAACCUGAGGGACAGGGUCGUCUCCCCUCCUUUGUGUUGGGGGAGCGAGGGGGGCGGGGGGACUUUGGUUGGUGGCUCCCACCCAUAUUUUCCUCCUUUACCUCGACAGCACUCCCGCGCCCUUCCAUCACCCAUCCAAUAAAACGCAGCCAGGUUCAGACUGGGCUCCGGUCACACAGGAUAUCCUGCCAUGGCGGUAACACAUGGCGACAGGCUCACUGCCCUGCGGUCCUUACAGGAGUGGCAGCCUGCAGGCCGGGAGCUGAGCUUGUUCACGGAGGGUUUGCGACUGGUCACUGCACUAGCCGCUCUGUCUCAAAACAGUCUUUGGGCCUCUUUUCCAGUUCAGCUCAAAUUCCAGAUUUCACAUCCCAGCAGCCUGCUUGGGGUCACAGAUUAAUUUCUACCUGAAAACUAACUGUAUGAUACACACGGGAAUUCUGCCACAGCAGGAAGCUUGAGUCCUUUUUGAAAGGUAAAGGAAUUGGGCAGCUUUAGCUGGAGGCCCAGGGUACUUCUUUUCAGGGUAUCCUGGUUGAAAAUUUCGUUUUGCAUAAAAAAAAUGAUCUUUCUUUUUAAGAGUCCCUUUUGCCACAUUACCCAUCCAGCUGGAAAUAUUUUUCCAGUGAAAACACCACACAGCGGAGCUCCCGGGCUGUGGCCCCCGCGCCACCUGUUCGCGGAGAGGGCAGCUGGGCCGCCCAGAUACUAACCAACUAUUGUGCGGAAAUUGCUAAGAGCUAACCUAAUAAAACAGAACUCUAUCAUUACAGCUGCUGGCUUGGUGCAAACUAGCUUAAAAGGGAGAGGGGGAACAGAUAGCCUCGAUGACCGAAAUGCACCCCACGUUACUAUUUUACAAAAAGCGGGGCGCGGUGUAAACCUGACGGCCUAGAAGGACGAUUCCACCCUGACCAUUCGGCCCGUUUCCCAGUGUCAGCCGGUGACGUUGGCAAUUGCUACUCGAUUUACUUGCCCUGAUAUCUUCGUAUGAUGAGCAAGUCCAAAGCAAGCCGAGCCCCUAAGUUUCUAACACCAGUUUCCAAUGUGCACAAAAGUUCAAACGGUAUUUUAACAAGCAGCUUGAUAUUCCAGAUAACUGACCUUCAGCAACAAAUGGUGGCAGCCACAGAUCUUCCCGCCUGGCUUUUUGGUGUUUUUGUUUGGGGGCAAGUGCAGGGUCACUUAUUAGCGAGACAUAUCACUGUUGACAUUUCGCUGUGGAUGCUUCUGAGGUAGGCGGUGGGCCCCCGCUGUGGGCUGAGGUGGGUUUGGAAGGAACCUUUGGCCAACUGUUUCAGUGCCCGCGUCACCACCAACUCCUGCAGACUGGGCUGCGUGUGACGCACGCUCACCUUCUGCGCCUCGCUCUUGCCUUGCCCCGGAAGCCGUCUCUAGUCCAAUGUGGGGGGCACCCAGACCCUCCCUCUGGAACCCCUUGCGCAGAGGUCGGUCCCAUUCACGGAUUCCACAAGCUGCGAGCCAAACCUUCGGGCUGCGUGCUGGGCUUCUAGACAGAAGGGCUGUUGGGUGUGAUUUGCGGCAGAAGGAAAACAGUCCAGUCAUACAUCCAGGCCAAAUCGUGAGCCUUGUCUUUCAAGAGGUGUGCUGUGUCGCAGUGGGGCGCAUCCUCUGUCUCAUUUGCUGUGACACUUUCUGAGGGCAUUUUAGAAGCUGGCUCCAGGGAUCCAUCCAGUCCCCCUCGGAAUCUCCUCUAAGAGGGACAUGAACAACAUAGACCUCCCACCAACUCGGUCUGCUCCCCUGUGUGACUGAGCCCUGGGAAGCGGGGAGGACGCCCAUCUGACCGGAAGGGCCCUCACGAGCACUGAGGCAGGAGACCCACCCCUACCCUGGCUGCAGCAGUGGCCCGGCCUGCAGUGCCUGGGAAGAAAACAGGGUCUGCUGGUCGAAUAGACUGGGAAGCAGGGACAUAGGGAUGUCGCAAGUGACUCCUUUGUAACGACCUUCCUGCUGUUAGGAGCCGAGACCGAGCCUCAGACUCCACACCUGCCAGCCCUGUGCUGCUCCCUCAUCCGGUGUCCCUUCAGCAAGGUCCACAGGGUCGCAUCCCGGCUCCUCCAGGAGCUGCUCGGGACAUGAGGUGCCCGUCCGUCUGGGAGGCCCGGGUCUCUGCUUUUUAACUUAAACUUGCACGUGGGUACCUCAGCCGCCGUGUUACCAUGGAGCCUGAAAGGGCAGAGCUUUCCGGAGCCCCAGUUUACUCUUGCCAGACAGGCCUCUGUCAGCAGCCCUGCACUUCCAGAACCUUAAAUACUGACAGUUGUUUGGGUCUUUUGAACUACCCCAAAGAGUCGUGUAGGAAGCAAUCGGAACUGCUCCCAAUGACGCCCUCUAGGCCUGCAGGAACCCCACUGACACUCCCCGUCGGGUCACACUCUGGUAGCCCCAGACGGCCACCCUGUCGCCCCCCGCUGUGCCCCAAUGCUUCAGGCCCGGCCUUCAGGCUUGCCCCCACUGGCGGUCAGCAGCCGACCCUCAGGGAUGUAGCAAACCACCGCUCUGCCAGCGCUGCAGGGAGGGAGGGCAGAGGGCUGCGUGCGGGCGCAGUAACUGAGCUCCCGGCGCCUCCGAAGGGAGAGCCGCCUGCGUGGGACUGUGGCCCCUGAGCUUGCUCAGCCUAAUGGUCCAAAUUCAGGUCAGGUGGUCUCAGAUCUGCGCUGUCAGGAGGGGCUGUGCAGAGAAAAGGCCCGCCCACCCCCUGUCUGCAGCCAAGCGUGUGCCACUGGGCAGCCUUCCUGAAACGUAGUAUGAAUUUUUAAAAUUUGUUUAUUUUUGUUUCUCAACCACUUUAUAAUGUAUUUUUUAAUUUAUUUUGUAAUGUCUUGUUUUUAAGUAUUGCUGCUAUCCUUGUUAUUCUUCCCACUGUUUUUAUUGCUGAUUUAUUUUGUGAAAGUUGUACACUAAUGUUCUGUUUUAUGUCAAAAUCAAAAGUAUUUAAAGAAAUACUAGUUCUAUUUAAUGUGGUUAUGGAACCAGCUGGAAACACAGAACCAACCAUGACUGUACAGCAGGCUGGGCCCGGAGGUCAGGUUCAUUUUGUUACAUAUGCAAUAAACUCACGACUUUACAUUUUCGGCAUCUGUUAUUUUGCUGUGAGAAUGAGAUUCCAGUUUCUUGACAGUGCCACAAGAAAGGAAGUCAGUGGUCAGAGACAUUGGCCAGGGCCUUGUCAGGAGGAGGACGAACGUAGGGA